AUAAAUUUGUACUUAACCAAAAAUGCUUGAAGAAAUCCAAGUAGUUUAUAUGAGUGUUCGAAUUUUAAAAUUUUGGUCUCUAAUUUAUGAUCACAAUUGGCGAAGAUACUUGUGUUUAUCUUUAACAUCAAUUCUCAAUAUGACUCAAUUUACUUAUAUGUUUUUGACUCAUGAAAGUGUUGAUGCUAAAAUUCGAAAUGCUUAUAUGCUUGUCCUUUGGAGCAAUACAAUUCUUCGGGCAUAUCUUUUGGUCCACCAAAAAGAUAAAUAUGAGAAUUUUUUAGCAGAUUUGCAAUACAUUUAUUAUGAAAUUAAAAAAGAUGGAGAGAAGUAUAUUCAAAGUCUAUUGGACGAAACCAACCUGAUGGGAAAAUAUAUGUCAAGAUUGAAUCUGUUUUUGGGAUUAUUGACUUGUAUUGGAUUUGGAUCGUAUCCUUUGUUUGCCAAUGAAAAGGUCCUUCCAUUUGGUAGUAUUGUUCCAGGAGUCAACGAAUACAAGACCCCAGUUUAUGAAAUCCUCUAUGUUUAUCAAAUGAUUGUCACUCCGAUGGGAUGUUGCAUGUAUAUUCCAUUUACCAGCUUAAUUGUGGCUUUUAUCAUGUUUGCGAUUUUAAUGUGUAAAGUUUUGCAAUAUCGAUUGAGGAAUUUGAAAAAUCCUGGCGAUUCAAACGAAGUGAUCACCAAUAAGUUGAUUUGGUGUAUUAAGUUCCAAAAGACAAUUAUAAGAUACAUUCAAACGGUCAACAAUUUAACAACCUAUAUAUUCUUCCUUGAGUUUAUGGCAUUUGGAAUACUACUAUGCGCAUUGCUUUUUCUUUUAAUUAUUGUCGAUUCACUCGCUCAAGCGGUAAUAGUUUGUGCAUAUAUAACGAUGAUUUUUGCUCAAAUUUUAGCACUUUAUUGGUAUGCUAACGAAUUAUAUCAGGAAACUUUAAAUAUUGCUGCAGCUGCAUAUGAAACAAAUUGGUUUGAAUUUGAAAUUCCUACACAAAAAUUUGUCAUGUUAUUGAUAUUACGUGCUCAGAAACCAUGUUCGUUGAUGGUUGGAAAUGUACAUCCAAUGAAUUUGGAAACAUUUCAGUCACUUUUAAAUGUAUCAUACUCAUAUUUUACAUUGCUUAAAAGGAUUUAUGGCUAAGAAGUGUAUUUAAGUAGUGUUCAGUCUGAGAGAGAUAUUAAAUUAAAAAAAAGUUGUUAAUAAUUGUUAUAAAAUUAUGUUGAAUGAAAACAAAAAGAUAU